AUGGAUAAAUAUAAAUCAAUACUUUUUAUCUUUCUCUUUUUGGCUUUUGUACUUGGGCAAGAUAAACAGGAAAGCUUAUCUGAUUUUGGCAAAAAACAUUAAUAAUAAUAAUCUUUCUUAGAUUUUAAAAAAAAUUUUGCUAAAAAAUACCAUUCCUAAGAGCAUGAGUAGUAUAGAUUCAAUGUUUUUCUUGAAAAUUUAAAAGAAAUUGAAAGACUAAAUAAAGAAAUCACUUCCGCAAAAUUUGCAGUUACUUAAUUUUCUGAUUACACUAAGGAAGAAUUUAUGAAACUUUUUACUGGUGCUGUAAUUCCUAAUGAAGCUGAAUUGUCAAGCAACUCAUAAAGCAACUCUGACUCAGAAGAAAGAAAACUAUAAUCUCUACCUUCUACAUGGGAUAUUAGAGCUAACGGACCUGGAAUAUUACAAGCCGUAAAAAAUCAAGGCUAAUGUGGUAGCUGCUGGACUUUUUCAACCACUGCUACUGUUGAAAAUCUCUAUAACAUAAAAUAUGGUUAUAAUUUAUCAUUUUCAGAGUAGUAAUAAGUAGAUUGUGUAUAUUAAAGAGAUGGCUGCUAAGGAGGUUGGUUCUCAACUGCCUAUUAAUUUGUUAUGAGUAUUGGACUAGCUCUUGAGAAUAUGUAUCCAUAUACUGGAGUAUAUGGUAGCUGUGCAACUUCAUCGAUGGGAGGCUAUUUAUACAGAAUAAGCGGCUUUAACAAUCUACAAGAUAACAUUACUUAAAUUUAGUCAUCUAUUGUUAAUAAAGGAGCUGUGGCUGUAUGUGUUGAUGCUUCUUACUGGGGUUAAUACUCAUCUGGAAUUUAUUCUGACACAAGAGCAUCAACUACUUCCUGCAAUCAUGCUGUUACAAUAAUUGGAUAUGGACCAGGUUACUGGUUAAUACGUAAUAGUUGGGGAGCUAAUUGGGGAGAGAAUGGUCAUAUUAGAGUUGCUAAUAAUGGAACUGGAGGAAUAAGAACAAAUUAUGCCUUUUAACCUUACUGA